GCAUGCUGGCCGACGCGGUGGCAAUUGGCCUGAUGAAGCAGUCCCAAUGUUCGAGAAGAAGAAGGAAGCUGUGAUCCUCAUGGCAUGCAUGUCAUAUGACAGCAACCGCAUGGUCACCGUGUCAGUGAACGCAGCCACAGCGUCCAAGUUCAUCAGACCCAUGCCAGGGAUGAUGGAUGUGUGGUACGCGCCAGAGGACGCCUUGCGCGAAGCAGCUGGCAGCUUGCAAUGGUCCGUGUCAUUUGUUGACUUGAGCACCAAAGCAUCACCUCACAGCCGUGACAAUUGCAAGAUGGCAUUCUUCCACGAGAAGAAGAGAAAGAGUGAUGCAUCAGCUGUCAUUGACAGGACAGACGGACUGCU